GGGCACGAGCAAAACCAGGACACGGAAGUAGACUGGAGCGGCGCAGAAUCGAAUAAACUCAGGAUCUUGAAAGUUGUGGUUAUUUCCAACCCUAUCGAGUUCGUUUAUAACGGACGGUUCAUGAAUGCUCGAAUCUAUUAAAGAGGUUAAUUCACAGAAAGAAGACCGUGGAGGGUGGACAGAUUUCAACUGCUAUGAGGAUUCUCAAAUUCUUCAUGGGGAACAGUUGCAGAACUCUAUGAACGCUGCCUGCUGUGUGACUUUGGCUUUGUUUGAAGAAGUUGCACGAAACUGGUAACAUGUCUGUGAUAGUGGGAGAGUGGCGGUUCAUAGCCCAGAGGGUCACCAGAAGCAUCACCUAUUACUACACCAGCCGGACACCAGGGGGUGAUAACCCAUCCCACUCUCCUCCCACCAUCUCCCCCACCUCCUCCCAUCUAGACACUCCUUUUCCCUCACCCUCCCUCUCCACCCCUUGCUCCCAGACUUGCCCUCUCACCACAACGUUUCCUCAGUUCUCACCCCUUCCGCUUUGGAUGUACCAACCCUCUCUCCAUCCUCCCCCCGUCCCCUCCUCCUGCUUUUCCCGUGGCUGGGCGCUCGACCGGGGGCCAUGGCGAAGUACCGGGACCUCUACCUGGAACGCGGCCUGGACAUCCUAUCAGUGGAGAGCACUGUGUGGCACUUCCUGUGGCCUCGCUGGGGGCUUGAGUAUGGGUCUGAGGUCCUGGAGGUCCUGGGAGACCCGCGUUUCAAAGGUCGCCCCCUUCUGGUCCACGCCUUCUCCAUCGGCGGGUACACCUUCACCCAGCUGCUCAGCCAGAUGGUCAGGGAGCCACACAAGUACCCAGGCCUGGCCCAACGGGUCGUAGGACAUGUCUAUGACAGCAUGGUGGUCGGGUCGCUGGAGCAUAUGGCUAAAGGCCUGGGUCUGACCCUGUUCCCUCGUAUCGAGCCCCUGGUGCGAUACACUGCUCUGCUCUACUUCUGGCUCUUCAAGUCCCAGACGGUGUACUACUACGACAAGUCAAUCCAGGUCUUCUACAACAGCCCCGUCACCUCCCCGGCGCUCUUCUUCUUCUGCGAGAACGACCCGCUGUGCGACCCCUUCGCCCUGGAGGCGGUCCUCGACUUCUGGAGGAAGCAGGGCAUUGUUGUGGAAACCAGGAAGUGGAAGGAGUCUGUGCACGCUGCUCAUCUACGCUGUCACCCAGAGGAGUAUCUCUCCACACUGGAGAAUUUUGUUCACUCGCUCAACAUCGCCCCCCUCAGGGCUAAGAUGUAAAUGGCUCAUGUGCUAAUCACAGUGGAGGGGUUUGAUCAUUCAAUAAAGCCUGCAUACUCAUGUGCCAAAACAAAUGUUAUAACAGAUGUUAUAACAAAAUUAUAACAUAGUGUAGUCAUGUAGCAUGUAAACUUUUAUCCAUAGAAACUUGUUUGACACAUACCCAGCAUAUGGGUCACGAGGGUGUCAAACCCUCGUACAGAUAUAGGAUCUUAAUUUGACCAGCAUUGUCAUAGCAAAAUAAUUCAUGUUUAGUCCAUAAUGUUUCUUGAUCAGUGUUCAGGCUAUUAAAAGUUGGCAACAUUAAAAGUGCAGUACUGUUAAUAUAAUUGUGUUCGUGUGGGUUUUCGGUGAAUUUUCUGUGAAUGUAUGUAAAUCACGAAACUCAUCUUCAUUUCCUGCGGUACUGGAAAAUUCUCAGCAACAGGAGUGAUCAGGGUAGCCUAGUGGUUAGAGCGUUGGACUAGUUACCGGAAGGUUGCAAGUUCAAACCCCCGAGCUGACAAGGUACAAAUCUGUCGUUCUGCCCCUGAACAGGCAGUUAACCUACUGUUCCUAGACUGUCAUUGAAAAUAAGAAUUUGUUCUUAAUUAACUGACUUGCCUAGUUAAAUCAAGGUCAAAUUUAAAAAAUCAAAUGAAGUUUUUUGAUAUUGAGCUUACUCAAUAUUGUCCAUGACACAGUCCACAUGCACCAGAUAAGGCCACGGUCACUAUCUUCAAGGUGAAACACAACUCACUACAUGUUGAUUUGCAAUAAUGAAUUAUUUAGUAUUUGAUUGUAAUUGUUUUUACAUGAGUAUAUAUUCAUUCUCAAUAGCUGGUGACAGGGAGCACAGUGGGAGAGAGAGAGGGAGAGGAAACAUUUUGAAGAUGAGAAAGAACUGAAGAGGACGAAUACAGAAAGGAGUGGGAGGGUUUGAAGAAAGGAACGAAAUAGAAAAGAAACACAGGAGAUAGGGAAGAGAUAAUAUUAGAGAGGUGGAAAAAAGAGAGAUGGGCUACUGAGAAGUCUGGACAAGAAUUCAAGAUGAGGUACUGUAUAUUUAAACCUCUUCAGUCACAGAGAACCAGGACCUGUUCUGGAAGUAGGUGCCUGUCAAUAGUAGUGUAGUGAGUGACAAACAAUCUGUGGGAGGUUUUCUUAUCAGGCAUUUCUGGCAACUGUUGCAUAUUCAAUCUAGUUUGUAUUAAACUUUUUUUGUUUGU